UUAAACAACUGGAAACAUAAUAUUUGGCGGUUAAAUCAUCAUAAUCAAUAAUGGCGUCAAAUCGAAAAUCUUCGAGACGGCGACUUAUUUCGUCGAGUGACGAGGAUUCAGGACCUUCACGACGUAAAAGCAUCCGCAAACCAGGUCUGUCAGCGGAAAAGAAAAGUCGUGUGGCAACACAAGUGGAAACAGACUCCGGAAGUGAAAAUGAUAGGAAUGUGGAUACCGGAAUUCAGAUGGGAUCAAGAAGUUCUGAAAGGCUUCACAAAAGAUAUUCCAGAUCCUUUCAAAUGCCGUCACGUGAUAGUGUCUGGAGUGACAUUCCAACAACCCCAACGUCUGCUGACAAGGCAAUAAGUCGUCUGAAACCAAAGAAAAUUGUUAACAAUUUCACCAGAAUAACUCAUCGAUACAAUCAAGACCUCUAUAACUCUGAUGGUGACGACUCUGGUACAGAUGAUUUUGUAGUUUCCGAUGGGACUGUGUCAGAGGAAGAAGAAAUGGUUCCCAGUGAGGUAGAAGACAAGGAAGGUGAUGAAUCUGAUAACACCAAAAUAAAUUGUCAAAAGAAACAUAGAGCUGCGACUACAGGCAGACACGUCCAUAGAGUGAAAGGGUAUCAUAGCAAAAUCCGUGGUCCAGUGAGCUCGAGCAGUGAGUCUGAUAAUGAGGGAAUCACUACUAGUUUAAAAGACAGUGAAUGUGAUACUGGAUCAGUUAACGAUGACCAUGGAUGUGACAGGCCUGGUGGCAAUUCAUCAGGAGUGAACAGUGGAAGUGGGUCAAGUGGACAAUACAAGCAGUCUGGAGAGGACAUGUGUGGAAAAAGUACACAAGAGAAUGAUCCAGAUGACAUUGAAUGGGAGUUGAGGUCAAGGUCAUGUCAGUCAAAACGAAGGCAAUCCAGGAUAGAGAGCAGUAGUGACUCAGACCAAAGUACUGAGACAUCAGCUAAGGGGACACAACCAUGUACAGACAAUGAAAUAAAAAAUCAGAAUAAUUCAAACCAAUUGCCCGGAGAUGUUGCUGCAUUACGCAACUCUCUGGAACCUGUAUGUGGAACAGCCAGAUGCACGAAUUCAGAAAAUGGUGCUGAAAGUGGUACUCAAAACAAACCUGGUUCAAAGUGUUCCAGAAUGUCUGACAGUGCUUCUAAACAUAAAACUGGUUUAAAAAUGGUCAGUAGCUCUGACAGUAAUUGUGACAAUGAUUCUAACAGUGAUUAUACUAGUAAUUCUGACAGUGAAAGUAGUGAUUCUGGCCAGGACCAGAACUUUGAUACAGGCAACAUUGUCAAGUCAUCACGUGCUAGGCAUCAAAUUAAGAAACAAGAAAGUGACAAGAAGAAAAAGUUUGAAGCAUUUUUAGAAGCUAGACGAAAGCUCAGUGCUUCAAAAAGGAAAUGAUGUAUAAAAUAUGUUGUGUAUUAUAUAUUGUUAAGUUUCUGUAACCUGUAUGCUGUAGUAUAGGACCAAUAAAAAUCUUCAAGAAUUAA